AUGGCGACGGGUGCCAUUUCCAUUGACUUAAAGAAAAUAUCAGAAUUAAGGGUUGUUGAUUUGAAAUCCGAGCUCAAACGAAGGAAUUUGGAUACAACAGGAGUAAAGAGCGUCCUCAUUUCAAGACUGAGACAGGCCAUUGAAGAAGAGGAUGGUGAUUCAGAAAACACUCAGACUCAGCCUUCACCUGACACAACCCCAAAAGGUGGAAAAGCUAAAGGAAAACGGGAGUCAGAUGGAGACACUGCAGGGGAGGAAGAUGCAGUUUCCAAGGAAAAUGAAGACGAUGACACAGAUAAAGAUGUAACUGAUACAGAUGAUGGUACUCGUGAAAAUUCUAAGCCUGCACCCUGUGAGGACAGCCUCGCCCAGCAUGAGGCUGAGGUUGUGGCUGAGGCUGAGCCAGAGGCCAUGGCAGCUGAGGCAGCUGAGGCAGCUGAGGCUGAUUCGGAGCCUGAGCCAGAGGUGAAUGCCGAGGCGGAGGUCGAUGCAGACACUGCUGAGCCAGAGGGGGAUGAGGACGCUGACCCAGAGAUGGAUGGGGAUGCUGAGCCAGAGGUGGACACCGAGCCAGAGAUGGAGACCGAGCUGGCUGAGAUGGAUGCUGAAGCCUUGAGUUCCUCUAAAGAUGCUGAAGAUGAUCACCUCUCCGUCUCCAUCCAAAAUGAAGAUGCCAUCACCCUAGAUGUUGAUGGUGAUGAUCUCCUGGAAACAGGUAAACAUGUGAAACUUCCAGAUCCAGAUGCCGAGAAGGGUACAGAUGAGCCAGAGGCCUCUGCUGAGACGAGCCCUGAUGAUGACACGAAGGGGGAGGAGAUGGAGGGCCACAAAGAUGGUAAGAGAGAUGACGGAUCCAGGGGCGAGACCAUGAAGAAAGACGGCAGAGAGGCCUUGAAGAAAGCUGAAACAGGAGACAAAGAGAAGGAUUCUGGGAAGAAAGGCCCCUCCACUACUGGGGCAUCAGGUCAAGCAAAGAGCUCAUCAAGAGACAGAGAUGGAAAACCCACAAAAGAUGAUAUGGGAGUCAUCAGCAGUAGCAGCACCAGCAGCUCUUCUCGUAACAUAUGGGUGAGCGGCUUGUCUUCAAACACCAAAGCAGCUGAUCUCAAGAACCUGUUUGGAAAAUAUGGGAAGGUUUUAAGCGCUAAGGUGGUAACAAAUGCUCGCAGUCCUGGUUCAAAGUGUUACGGCUUGGUGACAAUGUCUUCCAGUACAGAGGUGACUAGGUGUGUCUCCCACCUGGACUGCACAGAGCUCCAUGGACAGCAGAUUUUUGUUGAAAGGGCCAAAAAUGAUCCUUUCAAAAAAGAAGGCACAAAGCAAGAGGCAGAGGACAAAGCUAGCUCCAACAAAUCAAGUGAUAAGCGAAGUUCUACAGGCACAAAGUUGACUAACAAAGCUCAGACAUCUUCCAAAAAAGAAGACAAGAGGUCGGAUAAACUUUCAGAUAAAGACAAAGAUUUAUCGAAGAAACAAGAUGGCAAAACUGGAAAAUCUGAUUCUGUGUCAUCAAACUCAGGACCAGAUUCAGCAAAGAAAGAUGACAGAAAGCAUGGGAGGGUGAAGAGUCCAGGCAAGGGAGCAAUGGCACAUCAUGCCAAAGGCGAUUCUAAUUUUGGCAAAAUGAGACCUUUCAGACGGGGAAGGUAUUUUGAUAAGCCUUUUGCCAACAUGAAUGUUCAAAGAAGGCCAAAGGGGUUGAUGCCUCCAGAAGAGUUUGAGAUGAUGAAAGCAAGACAGCGUCCUUUUGUAAACAAAGGGGCAGACAUUUUGCCUUUUGAGAAGAUGAAAGAGCAGAGGAUGCGUGAACGGAUGGCUCGCGCAGAGCGUGUGCGUAGAGCUGUAGAGCUGCGCAGGCGCCGUGAAAUGGCUGAACGAGAACGGCGGGAGCGUGAACGUAUCCGACUGUUGCGAGAGCGGGAAGAAAGGGAGAAUCUGCUCCGGGAGCGCCAGAGACUGGAGAUGGAAAGACAAAAAUUGGAGAGAGAGCGCUUGGAGAGGGAAAGACUAGAGAGAGAGCGAAUCCGUAUCGAGCAGGAACGUCGUAAAGAGGCCGAGCGCAUGGCUCGUGAGCGUGAGGAGCUGAGGAGGCAGCAGGAGCAGCUUCGGUGUGAGCAAGAAAAGAGAAACAGCCUUAAAAGAGGCCGGGAAGUAGAUCACAGUCGGAGGGAUCAGCCAUAUUGGAACGGCAACAAGAAGAUGCAGUCUGAGUCCGACGUCCGUAUAAACCAAGGCUCAAACUUCAACCGACAGCAGAACCGCUUUUCAAACUUCAGUCCAAGAGAGAGAGGCCGCUUUCCUGAAGCUGCUGCUGAACAGCCCAAUACUUACGACAGACGUAACCGGUUUGAUGGUGAGCCAGAGGUAAAAAAGGGCCGACCUGCUCCACACAGAGAGAGCUCAGGCUUUGAUCGUUUCCCAAAGAACUUUGAAACAGUUCGCAGAGCUGAGCCACCCCCUCCACCUCGCACAGAACUCCGAGACACGGAUCGCAGGGAGAGAGAUGAGAGACGGCUCAUGCCUAUGCAUGAUCGUCCAAUGGGAGCCAGAGCUACAAUGCCCAGCAUGUCUCAUAACCGCACACCCAGGGAUGGAGGGCAUGGUUGGAAGAAUGAUGGUGGGAUGAACACUAGCAAGGAAGAUCUAAGUCUCAAUUCUUUUUUAAACAGAGGCCCUAUACGGAUGCGUACAGAUCGACCAGGCAGAGACGGUCCAGGUCCCUCUCUCAGAGGAGGCUCCACCAGCGGCCGUGGAAGGAGCAGCUUUAAUGACAGAGAUGGAGGGAGAUCAAUGGUGAUGAAUGAUCAGCCGUUCAGCUCCGGUCGUCAGGUGGUGGUUGAACGCCACAGCAGGGAGCAGGGACUGAGGAAGGAGUGGCACGGGGGGUCGAGCUCGCAGGGCGGAGGCUACCCUGAUAAUCGCAGAAUGGGAGACAACCGGGGCAGCAUGAUGGCUCCUUCCAGCCACUCGUCGUCUGGACUGAACCGUAUUGUACAGAUCACCAGCAACUCCAUUCCCAGUGGUGGCAGUGUGGGGGGAUUUAAGCCCUACAAAGGAGCUCCGCGGCAGUACUAACUGAAGCCAAAUUCUGCCACUUUAAAGCAUCAAUAUAUUUGAAGACUUUUCUGAACUUAUUUUUAGAAUCUCAACAGUUUUAGGUGGUACGUUAUUUUAUUUUGUAUAGACCAGUGUUUACCUCAGUGUAGGGAUUUCCUGACAGUUCUGCUGUUACAUGUAAACAAGCUCCAUGUUUUACUUCUCUUUAAGAAGAUACUGUACAGCCCUGUGUCUUUGUACAAGUUUUCAAGUGAUGUUACCAAUGUCUCCUCUUAUUGAGUGUUGUAUGUGUAUUUUCAAUAGCCCAGCUUCACACUCAGUUUUCCUGUUAAAUAUGUUUUUGCUUUGGUGUAUUACAGCACUCAAACUUAUCGUCCCUUUGUUGGACGUCUCUCUGUGAGGAAAUGGAUGACAUAGGAAUCUUUUUUUUGUUUUUUACUUUGUGAGAAGUCAUGCUUUGUUUUGACGUAUUUUGUGAUGAUUACUUCAACUUAGUAAAACUGUCAAACUAAACAAGCCUGUGUUGUAGCAAACUUAUCGACCAUGAGUUGUGUUAAAAUACAUUUUGACUUUGAAGGCUGGUACUGCAGGACUUUCAUGCAAAGUCCUGCAUAGUCAUGGUCAUGCAAAGAGUUGUAAAAGUAUUUUUAAAGAUUUCCUCAUUGUUCCAUUUAGUGAUCAGAUUGAGCUGUUAAACAAUAGCUAUACUGAAAAAUUUUAAGUCACAUCACAGCUGUUCAUCAUUUAACCCCCUUAUACAAGCACAAAAAAUCACAUAACCAUAUGACGUGAAAUCUACAUUUGACUACAGGUUUUCUGAAGUAAACACUUUUUCUGCUGUUUCGUGUACCACCUUGUAGUUCAAUAUUGAUUACCUUCAUCACUUACUUUUUUUUUUGUCCUUUUACAUUUUGACCUACACCUACUUUUCUCAGUAACACUGUAUUUAACUGCCAGACUUGGUAAUGUUUAUUUAACAACAGCAACAACUAAAGCAGACGAUAUUUGAAAAAACUCAUUAUUUAUAAAACUAGAGCCAACUUUUAGUCUGAUGCUGCUAAAAUUUUGAGCAAUUUCUUUAAAAUCAGAGAAAGUUCAUCUCAAUAUUACAAGCAUUUUACUUAUCAAACCUUUAAUUCUGUCAAGUGAAUGAAAUUUUUAUUUUUUACUACCAAAGUAAGUGUAAAAUAACUUUUUUCUCAUUUCUUUUAAGGCUGUCAAUUUUUUCUCUACUUUUUAACUUGCAUGUUUAUACUGCAAAUUACAUUGGCAACGUGUUUGUGCAUUUAAGAUGGUGUGUAGGGUUUUCCCCACACUUUGUGUUAAUUAAAAAAGAGCUUACCAAGUGUUGGGUGCUUAGGACUUCUAUUUUUGUUGCCAUGUUUUUGAAUCUUAUCAAAGCUAAGAAUCUGGUAUCUUGACAGACUUAUUCCCUCCAAGUUGUCACGCCAGCCAAAAAUGAAUGAUAAAAGUUUAUAUCAAAAUGUGUAAAAAAAAAAAAAAUGUCUCAUUAUAAAUGACAACAAAGCAACUAUUGAUCUUAAUCUUUUAUUAUCCCGGUACUUCUAAUCAGGUUGAAUGUCCCUCGUCUAUAAGGCAUUUUGUUAUAUAUAUAUAUCAACACAUACAUUAUGUGACUGUAAUGUGAAAGGCUACAUACAUUAUUUGGUCAUUUAUGUAAAUAGAUGAACAUUGAAGUAACACAAAUGAGUAACCUCCCAUAUUCACAAACACCUUCCUUUUGCUUGUAAGUUUUUAUGUGAGAUAUAAACAUAAUGGGCCAUACAAAGAAAUCAUACUCUUUAGGGGGAAAUGAUGAUAAAACAUUACUCUUCCUUACUUUAAGUCCACUCUGUACAUGCACCACAAAGUAAAAUGUGGGAGUGUAAUAUAUUGCAUUAAAGUAAAAGUCUCCCUUCAGUUGUUCAGCAGUCUGGGUGUGUGUCUCAUACAAGAAGAAUUAACAUUUCCUUCCCAUGCUACAUAGAUGACAACACUCAUUAAGCCUUAUAAAGGAACUUUCUUGCCUGUUUUGGUGUUAAAGUUUGAGCACAUUUGAGAAGUUGUGUAGUUAAAUGAUGGACUGGAAAAAUAACCUGAAUUAGGGGUGCACCUACACCUUUUUUGCUGAUGGGGCUGAGUACAAGUUGUCUUAUUCCUCACUUUAUAGAAAAAAAAAAACUCUGUUAAGACAAUUCAAACACUCAGUGUAUUAAAUCCUUCCUUGUCACUUUGGUACUCGGGCCUCUUUUACCUGGUAUAGGUGUACCGCUAACCUGAAUAUAUAUCAAAUUGCAGCAAGUUCUAUUGAAGUGGUACUAUUUUUAACAGAUGUUCUCUUUCAUUGUUAGCCAAAGCAUCAAAACAGCCCUUUCAUACUUUAUGAAUAUUACUCAGCUUGCUAAAGCUGCCACCACCAAGUGGAGUUGUAAUUCUAUUGGCCAUUAUUCUGUUUGAAAAGGUACCCAGAGAACAAUAGCACACUUGCACAAUUUAUGUUCGGUAUAAAAUGAGGUAUGUUUCUCUUUUGUUAGUGCAUAUCAAUGUAACAGUGCAAAAACCAAAUUACAACAACUAUUUUUUCUUGUCAAAACACUAACUUUUUACAGCAUUUACCCCACCAUCACUUUUACGAGGCAUACAAGAAACCACUUUGAGACAUUGAACACACAAUAUCCUUCUGAUCGAUUCAUUGUAGAACUAGGGUGAGACAAACAGUACAACAACAAAAAAAAAUUAAAUCUGGUAAUAAUGACUGGGGAUUAGCAAGCUAAUGCACAGUAGUAAAUCUGAAAUAAUAAUUAGAAUAAAAAAAAAUGUGGCAUGUCAUUCCGCACUCUUUUCACUCAUAUUAACACCUAAAAACAAAACUCUCCAUAUCAGCUCAAAGUGCCCCAAGUGAACGUUCCUUUUUCAGCGUUUUCACUUCAAAGGCUGACAGAUAUUACGUGAAAUGUAAAAAAAUGGCCCCCCAAGAGGAUCUUGCUGCAGACUUCUAUGGUGGGACAUUUUGGGCUCAUCUGUUGCAAAACUCUACAAUGGGGCGAUGUCAACCAUAGGGCAGGAAGUGACAUACAUUACCCAAGCUGGGACCAGAAUGACAAACUGAUUACAUAGAUUUUCUACUUGCUGUCAGAGGUUACGGUAAGUGGCUAUUUUUCAUAACUGCAGAAUUUUAUGAAUAAAAAUUGAAAAUUUACAGAGGGGGAUAGAUUUUGAUUCAACACACGACAAACUAAGAAAAAAGUCAGAGGGUUAGGGUUAGGCACCUGAAUCCCAAAGGUUAGGGGAAGGGGAGGGGAAAAAGAUAAAAAGUAACACCACAAACUAAGGAAAAGCCCAACAAGGGUUCAUAUAUCACUUCCUGCCCCAAGGUUGAGUAGGCCCCACUGUAGAGGGCUACAACAGAUGAGCCUAACACACUUUGCCAUAGAGGUCUGAAACAAGAUGCCUCUCAAAAUAAUGGAGCAUAAUGUUGCCAGAAAGUCUCCCCUCCACCUUCUUGCUCUCACUUUACAAUUACAUUUUCAGUUACGCUUGAUGAGAGAAAAACUGUGCAGUCAUUAAUGAAAAGUGUACAAUUUUAACCUAUCCAAAGAGGUUUUUAUUUUUAAUAGGUAGUCCAAGUUAAGAAGAGAAGAGCAGCUUAAUUCUAGAGUGAAAUUCAACAAUGAAGGUUUUAAAUAAGUCCUUCAAAGUGUCAAAAAGUUGUGUAUUGAUAAACACAUAAUUAAAACUGUUAUUAACAAACAGGCCAAGGAACUGUGCCAUUACAUAAAAGACACUGGAGGAUAUGUCCCUUCAGAUGAGGCCUGAGAGUGUCUCUAAUGUUCAUGUGGGAAACGCAUGGAUUGUCUCAUUCUGGAAAUGCGACCGUUUCCUUUUUCCUAUAAACUAUGUUGAAAUGUUGUAAGGCGUCUUAUAUAUACGUAUAUAUACAAAAACAAAACCUUGUUAGGGCGACAAACAUGAAGCCCAUAAGAAAGGCUCCCCACACAGUAGGUAGCCUGCUGCCUUGUCAUCAUCCUGUCCUCGCUGAACAAAACAUGACUUCACAAACACUGCAAAGACCUUGCAUUACAGUCUACCUCAGCAACAGAAGGCUUGAGUCAAGGCAUCCAAUUGGAAUGUAUAGAUAGAAAAGUUUCUCAGGAGGCAGUCCCAUGGUACGGUAAUGGCACAAACCACUAGCUCAAUCCAUUAUUAAUAUGUACAUCAUGUGUUUGAAUGCUCAAAGCUGCAGUGAAAUACACACAAGUCAAAAGAUGAUAGAAGAGAAUAUCACUAAUGAGAAUAUAUAUCCCUAGGACAGAUCAGUUUACUCUCUACCUUCAGGCCUUAUUUUUCUAAAAUAAGUUUUCUGUAUGACUGUGGCAGACGAAAAGAGAGAUGUAACAACAAAUAAGUUAGAUUCCCAAAACAGUUCCUGGAGGUGAAAGAUGUAGAC